AGGAAAAGUUAAGGUGCAAUAAGACUGCUUCAUUUCACGAAGGAAAAAAACAUGGGAAGAGUUGUUAAUUGUCCUUCAACAAUGAAAAUUCUCUUUGGGUACAUAAUUCUUACAGUCCUGGAGUUCAUUUACAUGGAACCAAACCAAGUUGAAGCUCGAGUAGAGCCACCUUAUCCACCACAUUAUGAAGUAAAAGCUCUUCGUGAGAUAGCUGCAGAACUUAGAAAGAAGGAUUGGAAUUUCAGUGAGAACCCUUGUAACAAUAAGUCAAGCUGGUUUACUCCACCGCCACCGCCAAAUAUGCCCCUGGCUAUUAACAACAGUACUGUCACCUGCAAUUGCUCCUUCCCCGAUGGUGAAUGUCAUAUUGAUGGCAUCUAUCUUUCAGGGCAGGAUCUUGAUGGUGUUCUUCCACGCUCACUUGUCAAGCUACCAUAUAUUAGAACUUUAGAACUCUAUCUCAACUACCUUAAGGGUUCAAUACCUCAUGAAUGGGCUGCUCUGAAAUUGGAGACAGUGUCAGUUGCUAUGAAUCGUUUAUCGGGGUCAAUUCCAGGAUCUUUGGGAAACAUAACCACUCUAAAAUAUUUGAGCCUCGAGAACAACAUGUUUUCUGGAACUAUUCCUCCUGAGUUUGGGAAAUUGGUCAACCUGGAAAACCUUACUCUUAAUGCUAACUAUCUCACUGGAAAGUUUCCCUCGUCCCUUUCUAAUCUGUCCAAUCUAAAAGAACUUAGGAUUAGCAGUAACAAUUUCAUUGGAAAGAUACCCAACAUUUUUCAAAGUUGGAAGCAACUUGAGAAGUUAGAGAUUCAAGCUAGUGGUUUUGAAGGGCCAAUUCCUCCGAGCUUAACACUCUUGCAUAACUUAGUGGAACUAAGGAUCAGUGACUUACCUGGAGAGGGUUCAAAGUUUCCGAACUUAAAAAACAUGAAAAACAUGUACAGAUUGAUGUUGCGUAGCUGCAAUAUAACUGGACCGAUCCCAAAUUACAUAUGGGAAUAUUCACGACUGCAGAUUUUAGAUCUCAGUUUCAAUAAAUUGGAAGGUAAUAUUUCAGACUCUGAAAGCCUUACAAAAACACAAUACAUGUACCUGACAGACAACUCGCUUACUGGGAUCAUUCCAGAUUGGAUGAGUAUUAGAGAUAGCCGCUACCAGAUUGAUCUUUCUUAUAAUAAUUUUUCUGAAGGCCCAGGGUCGCCUUCUUGUCGUGAAAAUCUAAAUUUGUUCGAGAGCUUCUCAGGAGGCAAAUACUUAGGACUAGAUAACUGCCUGAAGAACUUUCCUUGUUCCAAAGAUUGGUAUUCGGUAAAUAUAAAUUGUGGUGGAGGAGCAACAACUAUUAAUGGCAUUGACUAUGAGGCAGAUGAAGACUUAGGAGGUCCAGCAAAAUAUUUUCCACUCAAAGAGACUUGGGAAACUAGUAGCACUGGGCUUUUCUGGGAUACCUCUGUUACUUCAAAAGACUUUAUAGCACAAAAUGUUUCCAUUCUCAGAACAAACAACUCGGAUUUAUACACAAGAGCGCGCCUCUCUCCUCUUUCUCUCACGUAUUAUUUUCGUUGCUUAGCAAAUGGAAACUAUACGGUUACACUUCACUUUGCAGAGAUAGUUAUCAGAGCCAAUAGAUCCUAUCAAAGUCUUGGUAGGAGGAUAUUUGACGUUUAUGUACAGGAGAAACUGGAAUUGGAAGAUUUCAAUAUUAAAGAUGAGGCAAAGGGUGUCGAUAAAGAGGUUAUCAGGAAAUUUAAAACGGUUGUCAUGAACAAAACUUUGACAAUACGCUUUCACUGGGCUGGGAAGGGGACAACGGGAACCCCAAGAAGAGGAACAUAUGGCCCUUUGAUAUCAGCCAUCUCAGUAGCCUCUGAUGUCAAGCCUCCAGUUCUAAGUGGCUGGAAUAAGAAUAUGAAGAUUGUAGUGGGAGCUAUUGUUUCGGUUCUGUUCCUGAUUUUUGUAAUCUUAGGCAUUCUGUGGUGGCAAGGCUAUUUUCGACGUGAGCCAUCAAGGGAACAAGUCUUGAGGGGGUUAGAUCUGCAGGCUGGCUUUUUUACCUUCAAACAGAUGAAAGCUGCUACGAACAACUUUGAUGUUGCAAAUAAAAUUGGAGAAGGUGGUUUUGGAGCUGUCUACAAGGGUGUAUUGCUUGAUGGUACCAUAAUUGCAAUUAAAAAACUUUCUUCAAAAUCAAGACAAGGGGAUCAAGAAUUUCUGAAUGAACUAGCCAUGAUUUCAGGAUUACAACACCCAAAUGUUGUUAGAUUGUAUGGAUGUUCUGUUGAGGGAACUCAGCUGUUGUUGGUAUAUGAAUACAUGGAAAAUAAUAGUCUUGCACGUGCUUUAUUUGGUCCUGAAGAAAGCCAGCUGAAAUUGGACUGGCCUACAAGGCAGAAAAUUUGUCUCGGAAUAGCAAAAGGUCUGGCUUUCCUGCAUGAGGAAUCGAAUUUAAAAAUUGUACAUAGAGACAUCAAAACUACCAACGUGCUACUAGAUAGCGAUCUAAAUGCUAAAAUCUCUGACUUCGGUUUGGCCAAGUUUGACAUGGAGGAAAAUACCCAUGUUACCACCAGAGUUGCUGGAACUAUAGGAUACAUGGCCCCAGAAUAUGCAUUAUGGGGCUAUCUCACCUACAAGGCAGAUGUUUACAGUUUCGGGAUUGUUGCAUUAGAGAUUGUUGCUGGGAAAAACAAUACAAAAUAUCGACCAGAAGAGGAUUAUGUAUGCCUUCAAGAUUGGGCUCUUGUUUUACAACAAAAGGGAAACUUGAUGGAGUUAGUGGAUCCACGGUUGGGGACUGAGUUCAAUGAAGAAGAGGCAAUUAGGAUGACAAGAGUAGCUUUAUUGUGCACUAAUUCAUCACCAGCACUUAGACCAACCAUGUCUGAAGUUGUAAACAUGCUUGAAGGUCGAACCCUUGUUCCUGAAUUAAUCAUGGACCCAAGUAUCUUUGCGGACGAGUCGAGAUUCGGAACACUGAAAGACAAACUCAACCGGAUGCCAUCCCUGAAGGAUAGCAAAAUCACCAUGGUUACUCGGUCAUCAGAUUCUUCAACAGCAAGGCUUGGCUAUUCCUCGACGCUUGUUCAACACCAACCACCUUCAAAGCAAACUUGAUUGAUUGUUGUACAAAUGGACUGGCUUCAAAAAGAAUACCUAAAAUGCGGGCUUGUUUUAUACACUUCGCUUAUAUUUUAUUGAGACG